AUGUUUUUCUUUGAUGUUCUAUCUUUCCAGUCAUCAGAGAUCUCACACGGGGAGAAGCCAUAUUCCUGUCCUGAGUGUGAGAAAUGUUUUACUCAAAGAUCAGCUCUUGUCAGACAUCAAAGAUCUCACACAGGGGAGAAGCCGUAUUCCUGUCCUGAGUGUGGGAAAUGUUUUUCAGUGAAGGCCAGUCUUUACACACAUCAAAGAUCUCACACGGGAGAGAAGCCGUAUUCCUGUCCUGAGUGCGGGAAAUGUUUUUCAGAGAAGUCCAGUCUUUACACACAUCAAAGAUCUCACACGGGGGAGAAGCCAUAUUCCUGUCUUGAGUGUGGGAAAUGUUUUUCAGAGAACUCCAGUCUUUCCAGACAUCAGAGAUCUCACACGGGGGAGAAGCCAUUUUCCUGUCCUGAGUGCGGGAAAUGUUUUUCAGAGAAGUCCAGUCUUUACACACAUCAAAGAUCUCACACGGGGGAGAAGCCGUAUUCCUGUCCUGAGUGCGGAAUAUGUUUUUCACGGAAGUCGCAUCUUUCCAGACAUCAGAGAUCUCACACAGGGGAGAAGCCGUAUUCCUGUACUGAGUGCGGGAUAUGUUUUUCACGGAAGUCCCAUCUUUCCAGACAUCAGAGAUCUCACACAGACUGGAAAGUAGAAGAAGGGCAAUCUUUUACGCAUCAGAAAUCUCAUACAGGGGAAAAGCCAUAUUCCUGUUCUGACUGCGGGAAAUGUUUUUCACUAAAUUCCAAUCUUAACAGACAUCAAAGAUCUCACACGGAGGAAAAGCCAUAUUCCUGUCCUGAGUGUGGGGAAUGCUUUUUACGGAAGUCCCAUCUUUACAAACAUCAGAGAUGUCACACGAAAUGUUUUGUAUACAAAUCAGGACUUGCUAUGCAUCAGAGAUCUCAUACGGGGGAAAAGCCAUAUUCCUGUCCUGAGUGCGGGAAAUGUUUUUCAGUGAAGUCCAAUCUUUGCAAACAUCAAAAAUCUCACACAGGGGAAAAGCCAUAUUCCUGUCCUGAGUGCGGGAAAUCUUUUUCAGUGAAGUCCAAUCUUUACAAGCAUCAGAGAUCUCACCGGGGGAGAAGCCGUAUUCCUGUCCUGAGUGCAGAAAAUGCUUUUCUCAGAAGUACCAUCUUUACAGACAUCAGAGAUCUCACACAGGGGAGAAGCCACUUUCCUGUCCUGAGUGCGGGAAAUGUUUUUCACAGAAGUCCAAUCUUUCCAGGCAUCAGAGAUGUCACAUGGGGGUGA